AUGUUGAAAUUUCUCCAAAUCCCCCAAGAAAAACGCCAAGGUCCUGCCCGUAGAUACUACCACGGUCUCUGCACCGUCACCGCCACCUCCAUCAUCGUCAUUAUCUUCAUUCUCAUAUCUCUCGUCUAUCAAUUCCCGGGAAAAAAUAACUCCAUCCUCGAUAUCGAAACCCCAAGUAUCACUUAUAAAAUCUAUAUUUUCCAAUACUGCGUUUCUAGCGGCCACGAAAACGAUAGCGGGGUUGACAAAAACCCAAAUGCGAAAGAUGGAUUGGGGUGUCAUUUAGAUCUUAACCCUCUCGGCUACAUUGUCGCUACAACCAACAUCCAAGCCGAACCCAGUGAUCUCACCACCUUCUACGCGUUAAUGACCGUCGCAUUCACAUUCUACUACGUAGGCUGUCACGUGGUCGGUCUCACAAUAUAUCUCUGGUGGCGCUGGUUUAAUCGACACUUUGACCCGGGAGAAAAAGUUCCCAAGAAAAGUUUCGAGAAGUUGAUGUUGGCGUGUAUUAUCGGCCUAACCAUCUUCUGCAUCCCCGCCUCCUGCCUAACCCAGGCCUCCUACCUUGGCAGCGGCAUCUCCGGCAACGGCGACGGAAUCCCCAAAUCCUAUUCCAAAAUCGGGAAUCUGUACAUGCUCCUCGUUCACUCUCUCUGGCUCUGGUAUCUCGCCUCUCUUCUGAUCAUAUUUCUCCUCUUCAGAAAAGAAUAUCCCAAGCCAGCCAAAGAGAAAAAGGAAAAAGAUGAAGAGAAAUCGGAAGAUACCGAAUCGGAAGACACGGAAUCGGUUUCCGGUUCGUAUUAUGGAAGUGAUUCGACUUUUGCUUCGGAAUCUUCGGGUCCGUCUUUGUGGGGAGGGGAGGUGCCACGAGAUGGCGUUAGUCGUGUAUAAUGUUGAGUAGUCA